AUGGCUGCCGUUUUGGCUGCAGUUCCGCUUUCAACAAGGGAUGUUUUACUUGAUGAACUCGCCACCGCUCCACGACCAUUCCCAUUACAGCCUUCACCAGCGAUGGCUCCCAGUGAGCACAACUCGGCCCUAAGCUUUGCGAGUGUCGGCGAGCAGAGGGUCGCCUGUUUUGUGAUCGGAGGAGAACCGAGACUCUGCUUUCCACAGGUGAUCAGCUCGUGCAUGCCUGGCUGUGAUGUCACUGAGGUGUCUCGGCUCAUUGAAGAUCUUCAUAUUCAUUUGGGGAACGCUUCACAAAAGCAAAUCGACGCGUUGAAGCUUUCGGAUGCGCUUCAGCAAACCGUUUCCACUUGUGUUCUCAUCAAGAAAACUGACACGGAAAGAUUGAUUGGUGAGCUUCGUGUGGCUAAGCAUGGUCAUAAAGCGCCGGCUGAUGUAAACAAAAGCGAGGUGCUUUUAGUGAAACACGAUUGUUUUGGAGGAUGCAAGGGAAAUCUUUAUCCAUCUUUGUUCCCUCAUCCAUGCAUUGAGUGCAUCGAUUGCGGGAAUUUCUUCGAACCAUCGCAUUUCAUGACACACAAUCACGAGAAAGGAGAGAUCUUGAGAACCGUUCACUGGGGCUUUGACGCGAACAACUGGCGACUGAUGAUCAGACUGAGAAAGGCUCAACGUCAUUGUGAGCACGCGAAACCUGCUUUUGAGCGUUUCUUGGAGCCACUCGUGGUCAGCUAUUUAUCUGGAUCCCAGAAACGACAUCUCUCUAGCAUGAAUGGAGAACUCGCCCCGAAGCGACCAGCUCUUGAUCUCGAUUUCCUUUUGAAAAAAGAGCAACAACGUCAGCACGAUCUCUUGCAGCAACUCGUUCAACUCCCACACGUCAAAGAGGCCACCACGGCACUCCUUCAACUCAGCCAGCAGAACCUACAAGCUGGGUUGACUACAACGUGUCCACAAAAUAUCAAUGUCAAUGCUUGCUCCUCAUCAGCGUCAACUCCAUUCACUCCACAAACUCUCCUCUCACCGACUCUUCUUCAGCCGAUAAAAUGCGAGAAAAUCGAUGUCGAUGCUUCUGUUAAAGAGCCGCUCUUUGAUGUGGUUCCUCUAGCGAUUGAGCCGACUUCUUCAUCAAAAGAUGACUUCAAAAAAAGGCCGGAUUCCGAGGAUAGCUCUGAUGAAGACACCCUGGACGCUCUGCUAGCCGAAAGUCUUGAUGAGCCGGUGCUCUCGGCGAUUCGCGCGAAGAUUGCCGACAGUCAGCGCCAGAUUCGACUCCGUCUUGAUGAGGUAACUCAAGAACGAGACGUGCUACGAACCGAGAACCAGGCUCUUCGCCAGCAAUAUGUGAGCCUGUUCCAGUAUGUGCAACACAAUCAACCCCAAAAACAAGCCACACCGCAAAUCCAAACAAAUCAUCAGCCUGGCUUUCAGCACAUCAAUUUGGCGCUGUUGAGUGGUGUAAAGCAACCCCAACUCAACCAAGGGCCACAAAUCGGUGCAGUGAAUCUCCAGAAUAACACUAUUUUGUUGCAAGCACUUUUACAACUUCAACAACAACAGCAACAACAGCAACAACAACAGCAACAACAACAGCAAAACCAAUUGCAGGCUCAGAUCAUUUCUCAAAUCAACGCUUUGGCCUCAAUGGAUCCAUCGAUUCUUGUGAGCUUGGGAAUGAAUCCAUCAGCUUUUACGUCGGCUCUCAAUAACAAAGCUGUUCAACUACCCACCGCCCAACAAAUGGAUCCUCUACGCGCUCGACUCUCA